AUAAGACUACCACAGCCACCACAAUAACUUAAAACCAAAACAACAUCCAUAGCCAUGGCUCAAACUCUUCUUCCUCCUCUCAACCUCUACAACAUGAAACUCUUCUCUUCCAAUAAUUCCCGGUCUCAGCCCCGCGUCGUAUCGAUUCGUAAACUCCGUUCAUUAGUAUUACAAGCAUCAAAAGAUGAUAUGGGGGCUGUGAACUUUGAUGUUAGUCAUGCAUCUUCAUCCAAUCCUCUCUUCUCUCUCAUUAAGGCACCCACAUGGUUGAUCUGGUUAAUGGGUGGUUCUUCUGUUGUCCCAUCAGUAUCAUUCUACAGAAAAAUAAGAAAAGCACAAGAUCGAUUGGAGGCUACAGUAGAUGCAGUGGCAGAAACAGUGGAGAAUGUGGCCGAGAAAGUGGAGAAAAUAUCUUGUGAGAUGGCUGAUGCAUUACCUGAUGGAACAUUGAAGGAAAUAAUUUUGGCAGUAGAAAAAACAGCCGAUAUUAUAGACAAGAGUGCGGAAAAGACAGGAAAUUUAAUUGAUAAGUUGGAUGAUAUUGAGGCCAAAGUAGAUGCAUUUGUUGAUCCUUCGAACAAAGGAGAGGCUGCAUCGAAAGAAGGUGAUGAAAGAAAGCAAGCUUGAAUGGAAGGACAUCAAUGGAACACACUGAUCAUGUGUCUGUUGUCUGGGAGUACAAUGAUUGAAUACUUGUGUCUGUUUGGUUGAUGCCAAUAAGAUUUAACCCUCAUGUGAACCUAUUUUCA